AUGAAGGAAAGAGCUGGAUACCUCAUUGCUAGGGAUCUGGAUGAGUUGAGCCAUGCUUUCCAACUUGUCCCCCGAAGCAAGAGUUGCGUCAAGUGUGACGAUGCUACCCAGCUCGAGUGUCCCAAGUGUGCAGACAAUGAAGUCUGCCAGUUUACUGUUCCACUAGACUGCACCAUGUGCGCUACAUCGAUCUGUGAGAAGGACUCAAGCUCAUCCAGUGACAGCGGCAGCAAGGGCCCAAACGUCGGCGCCAUUGUUGGUGGUGUACUGGGUGGUAUUGCUGUUAUUGCCAUCGUCACAUAUGUGGUAUGGAGGUUCUGCAUUAAGCCGAAGCGAUCACACAUUCCCGCAUCUAUCUACGUCGAAGACACAGACGCAAUCCAUGAGAAGGAUGCUGGCCCUAGAGGAAUCCGCCCACCUUCUACGCACACUGUUCACUCAAUCGCCUCGACCGUCCUCACACGCGCAUCCAACAUCAUCCAGAUCGCAUACAUCCCUGGCGUUACAAACCGAGCAACCCCGACCUCGCCAAACGUUCUUGUUCCUCCCGUUCCGCCAAUUCCCAUGCACCAUCACGCCGAGGCCAACAGGAGUCUAGGAAAUGACGAUCAGCACUUCUUUGUUCCCGGCGACCUGAGAGAUUCUACUUACUCAGGCCUGUCAGGAUACUCGGACCGAACAUCAUACGCUCGCACAUCCUACGCUCCUCGAUCCAGUGUGGCUUCUACAAUCUACGGCAAGCAGGCCCAGGUUCUCACACCCGCGCAGACUGGUAUGCGUGCCAAACCUACCAUGGUCAGCGUCAAGUCUAUCGGCACCAACGGCAACGAGCUCAUGGCACCACCAGUCCCGUCAAUCGACUUUGGAAAGUUUGGUAACAGUCGGCCCAAGAGCACUGCGAGCGCUUUCAGCGUCGGCUCAACGUUCCUCAACAGCGCCAACACUGCAACGCAGGCUCGUGCACAAGUGGUCAAGGUUGGAACGUUGAAGAAGGUCGACAUGGGAAGCAAGGCUGACUCGGACACAAUGUCAUCAUCAUCAACGAUGGCACCAACACCGCCAAGAACACCCAGCGGCAACGUUACCCGAGACUCGAGUAUCACCGUUAUCGAAGAGUCACCCUCGGCGGACCAAGGUCCAUUCUCUGAUCCUCCAGACAGAAGUCCUCUGCGCGCAAACAAGACCAGCCUUGGUGCCGUUAUGGAGGACCCUGUAAACGAAAACGAAAAGGGCCCUUCCCUUAUAAGGCGUGAUAGCUGUCCUUUCGGGGAUAAGCACGCCACAAAAGAGUAA